UUCAGUUGCAUCUCAGUCAUUGGUGUGUGGUAUAGCAUUUUUUCGCUGAGAGAAUGUGGAAGAAAGCGACGCUGCCACUGCUGCUGCUGCUGCUUACCGCAUUACUCUUGGCACAGUUGGUCGCAACGGAAUCAACAAGACCGGCGGCAGGCCAUGCAGAAGACAUCAGUACCAGAAAUAGUAGCACAGAGCGUUUCAUAGUGACAGCACUGGAUAUUAACGACAAAGACGAUGAAGAUUCUGAUGAAGCAACAGUUGAAACAUAUGAAGAUGACGACGCGGCGAGCAGGACAAGGCAUGCGACACCACAAUUAAUGAAAACAACGCCAAACAACGACGAGGUGGGCGAAAGCGAAGAGGCGAGCACACAACUGAGGGACGAAGAACAUGACAGACUAGCCGAUGGGGAAGUAGAUGUGGGCGACGAGGGUAGUGGAGUCAAUGAUGGUAGUGGUGGUGAAGGUGCCGCUGCUAGUGUCAGUGCCAGUUAUGGUGAUGUUGGCGUUGAUGUUGCUGUUGAUGGCGAAGCUAGUGAAGAAACGAGCGAAGUGUCGUCACUUGAGCAACGCGAACGUGAUCGGCUUGCGUCUAUAAUGAUGCGCGAAGUUACACGGCUGAUUGAUUAUGCAUUGGAGCAACAGAGAUCGGUCGUCAACCAGUUUCUGCAAGACGAAACAAUUGAAAUGGUGAAGUGUGCGACAAUGGAGGCGGUGAAAAAUAGCUGCGCCGCAUUCAUAGCGGAUGUGCGAGAGGCACUCCAGCUGAACAAAGGAAAUGAUUUUCCAACACAACUGGCACAAUUCGGUGUGAAAACAUUGAUGGCUAGAGAUUUCGAAAUGUUUGUGCAGCUACAUAAUACGACACGCAUAAAGCAGCCGACAGCGGAAAAUGUGAUUAUUGAUAAUGCGUUCCGAAAAGCGGGUGUGCUGCAGAUCGAAGUGGAGUUGGAAAAGCGAUUUGUGGAGUUUACUAAAUUUUUCAACAGCACAGUGGGUGAAUAUGUCGACAAACUGCAGGCGAAUGAGCAGCAGCAGCGUAGCGUUUUCGAUGAAUCGCUGGUGGAUUGGUAUCGAAAAUACGGUGCAGCGACGAAUGUGAGCAGUCAAGUGAUUGUCUUGUCCAAAUUUCUGCCGCUAUACAAAGAUUUUUUUCACCAAAUGAAAAUGGAUGCAGAUUGAGUAGUGUUCAGAGCAAAGAGCUGAAGGCGCAAAGUAAUAUAAAGUUAGUGUUAAGGAAGAUAAAAAUUUUAAUUUUAUUACUAAUACUAAUGUCUUAUGCCGCUAAGUAAGUUAGUAUAUCAUAUAUGUUUACAUGUAAGCAUUGUGUCGUAAGUUUUACCUAUGUAAAUAAAGUAUUAUUAAUUAAUUAGUCGUAAGUGCCAUAAAAUCAUUGCAUUUAAUACUCUUUCAAAAUUUUUUUUGUUUUUUUUUUUCCCUAAUCUUAAGCAGCUGCCAAAAACUAAUUCAUAUUGGAAACGUUUUUUUUUUGUUUUGUUUAAAUUAUAGUAAUCAUUAGAUGAGUAGUGCGUAAAUUAUACAAACAUACAUACAUACAAGUAUAUGCUUAACGAAAUUCAUAUGUUCAGUGCAAAUGUGCCUAAUAAAACACCACUAUUUUUAAA